AUGACCGCAAUACCGCAACCACGGCUCGGGACGUGGCGCCUCCAAAAUGACGACACAAUUGCUCUGGACAACAAGCCGCUGAAUUUGUACUUGCACAUGCUGGAAAACGAGGGCGUCCCGUCAGGAAUACCUCGCGGGCGGGUUUACGCAGAGGUUGACGGCUACCGAUCGGACCUGCUCUCGCUGCAGGACGCGAAACUGCGCGGCCAGCCAAACGCCAUCUUCGAUGUUGAGGACGGGCAGCACACGCGACAGGGACCAUUCUACAUGAUCUUCAACGACCUCAUUCAGGGUAACAUUUUCGUCGACGAAGAGUGGAGCGUUAUGUCCAUCAUCGACCUCGAAUGA